UUGUGUUGUGAGUCUGUUGACGUCUGAAAAUGGAAAUCUAAAUUCCUCAAUAAUUUGCUGAUGUUUGCUAGCUGAUUACGACCCACGGUUUAAAAAGGUUUUUGUUCCUUUUUGAUAGUUUUCAUGUUUAUUAGCGUAAACAAUAAUGAUGAGGAAGAAACUCCGACUAAGGAUUCGAAGGACUCCGAGGAUGUGCCUCCAGAUGAUCUCCCGCCCAAACCUCUAUUUCGAGGUUUUGAGAUGAUGCCGAAGGUUCUGUGCGAGCGAUUUGAUAUAACACCUUAUAUCGCUAAGCAAAAUAAUAUGAAGAAACCGGUCAUUAUGAGGGGUUCGUACGAAAACGGUGAUUUGGAAAAGUUUCUAAAACAGUGUACUGUGACUGUGGUUCGAGAGGAUUUACUGAAAUUGAAGCAAUGCUACAAGAAAACUAAUAAUAUAAAUAGAAAGAGUAUAUUAAGUACUAGUAGAACUGAAAAAAUGUGUAAGAUCUGCAAAAAAACUUACACUAGCGAAAAGAAACAUCGAAAUCACGUUCAGAGUAAACAUAUGAUCGAAUAUAAGGAAACAAAGCCUCGGAAGCGGGUGUCAUUCUCCGACCAAGUUAUAGUCCACGAAUUUAAAGAGUACCAUCGCUGUCGAAAGUGCCCUAAAAUAUAUGAAGAUUACAAUUCCUUAAAACAGCAUAUGAAACAGAUGCAUAAAAAGAGAAAAUGUUACAUUUGUUUCUAUUGUAACAAGGGCUUUGCAGAAAGGAUGAUCUUUAAAAUGCACAUAAAAAUGCACUGUAGUAUGUGCGGUAAAUUUUUCUUGAGCAAGAAGUUAUACAGCGACCACAAAAGAACAGUGUGUAGAGUCAUAAAAAAAUAUGAAUGUAAGACAUGUAAAGAAGUUUAUUUCAGUUAUUUGAGUUUGAAGGACCAUAGUUACGAACAUGAAGGUGUCCUGUUCGUGUGUGACAUAUGCAAAGAGAGAUGUAAAACUAAAUGUACUUUACUCCACCACAUCCAAUACCUGCAUUGUAAGAGACGACCUAAAAACCUUUAUGACACAAUUCAUGACAAAGCAGGAGUCACGUACGAGUGUAACUCGUGCGACCACUGCUCGAGCAACAAACAAACUAUGGAGGACCACACUGUAUUGUUGCCAGAUCUAAAAAACAGCAAAACCACUGGCUACAAAGAUUAUUUCUUUUGUGAUCAAUGCUCAAAACAGUUUGACAAUGAAACUGAGAUGCUACGCCAUAAAUGGUCACAUUUCUUGAAUACAAACAACAAAACUGAAGAUAAGAUUCAACCUAGUGAUACCUAUAAAACUGACAACAAAAUUGAAGGCAGUGAUAACAAUAAAACUGGCAAUGAAGUUAAAUGUGAUAUUAAUAGCAUGCAGGUAAAAAAAAAGUAUAAAAUUGGUGAAGAGCUACCUCCAUUGUUGAAGCCUAAAAUUGUUUUAGACAAAUUAAAAUUAGAUAAAAAAGAAGAGGCUAACGCUGAUGUAGUAUGUAACAAUAUAGUUACAACAGAUAUAAGUGACCCUUUGAUCACUAAAAGUACAGAAAAUACAGAAAAUACCGAACAUAUUAAUAAGAUUCCAUUAUUAGAUAAAGGUCAGAUUGAAAGUAACCCGGUCAAAGUGCCAAGAAAGAAGACUCUACUUUCAAACCAUCUAUGCAAGCUUUGUGGCAAAUACUUCUCUACAAAGUAUUGUUUACGUCGACAUGUUGAGAAGACGCAUAUGGAGAUUGAUAGCACUGGUGAAGACCAGAAUUUACAGUGCCCAGUGUGCGAGGAAACAUUUGUGUGGAAGUCGUUACUGUUGUCACACAAGUGCAUACGAAUGCACAAUCCCGAUAUACCGUUCCAGGAUGCUAGACCUGACAUCCUAUUUGAUAACCAGCAUCUAUAUAUGAUGAAUGGAAGUGCUCAUGGAAUGUCAAAUGUAAAUAUGGUUCCAGUUACGUAUGAAGUACCGACUCCGGAAGUUGAGUUGACGGAAUAUAAUAAUGUGGAUCUUCUUGUUAACGAUGCAGGUGCUGUAAAAUUAGUCCCGAGUAGAGCAAAAACAACAAGUAAUGGAUAUAGAAUAGUUAUACAAGAAGUACCAAUUGAGUUUUAAACUUUCAUGUUAUAAUGGAUUACAUUUUAAUACUUUUUAGGGUUCCGUCCCCAAAGGGUAAAAACGG